UUAAUCGACUAACCUCAAAAUAAAAACAAGUUCAACAAAAGUUCACAGCCAAGGUUUUACGAUUGGAUAGCAGGCUAUACCUUGGUAAUGUGAUAUAGGUAUAAAAUUCUCUCUUCUUCACUCCUUUCUUGAGAGAAACCAAAAGCUGAAAACUAGUUCCAUGGCUGAUAAAGAUCCUUGGCUUGUUGAGAGUGUUCAGGUUGACACUACGACAGAUGUUACCUCCAACAAAAAGUCUGGCUUUGAAGACAAUUUUAUUAUUGAAAGAGAUAAAUUACCAGACUCCGAUCAGUAUUUGGCAUCACUUGAAUCCAAAUUGAAGAAGUUGAAGUCUUCAAACAGCAAAAAAGCAGGGAAAGACCUGCUGUCAUCGUUGGAAGACACUAAGGAAUCUUGCAUGUACCGUCUGAUCAGUGGCGAAGUGGGAAAUCUGACAGACAAAGACAUUGAUUUGGACGCGCCCAUAGAUUUGAACAGCACUGCCGCUUGGCUGAAGUCUCACGUGAACCCCGAGCAAGCGCUGACUGUCGGAGAACUCGUUGAACUUAUAAAAGCCGAUUAUCUAGCCGAACAAGCGGGUUCAUCUGAAAAUAUCACCGAAGAAAAGACAACAUAAAUCAACAUAAUGCCUGGCGAAGACAGAACAUUUUGGGGCCAGCAGACUUUUUGCAUAGUUACCGGAGCCAGUCAGGGUAUAGGUCGCAGUUUUGCAGUUGAAUUCGCGAGGAAUUUCGCCAAAAACUCAGUUAUUGUCCUUCUGGCGAGGUCGUUCAGAGGCUUGCAGGCCACCAAUGAUCUCAUAGCUGCUGCCAAUCCCGAUGUCAAAGUCAUUUUGCAUGUGAUGGAUCUGUACUCGCCGAAUCCGUCGGAAUUCAACAAGAUAAUCGCCGAGGCGGCCAGUGAUGUGAGUCAGUUCAAACUGGCAGUAGUGGUCCAUAAUGCCGGCUCAUUGGGCAACUGCAGUCAACUCACGUCAGAAAUGAACGACCUUGCUGAAUGGAAUCGAUUCAUGUCGUUGAACCUGUACUCAGUUACUGCGUUGACAGCAGAGUUCUUGAAGAUCUUCAACUUGGGUCAACGGUGCUUGGUGAAUAUCACUUCUCUGUGUGCCAUCCAACCGGUGCGAAGCCUUGGCUACUACUGCAUUGGCAAGGCCAGUCGCGAAAUGUAUUUCAAAACUUUGGCCGAAGAGGAUCCGUCGCUCGAUAUUCUCAACUAUUCGCCAGGUCCAGUAAAUACGGGAAUGAUCACAGAUCUGAUACAAAGCGUGAAAUCUGAUGACACGAAGAACAUGUUCGAGAGCAUGAAAAGUAAUGGAACGUUGGUUAGUCUGCCGGAAACUACAGCCAAGGCUAUUGAGGUUCUCAAAAAGGGCAAAUACAAGUCUGGUGGACGAGUCGACUAUUUCGACGAUAUCUAAAGUGCAGGACUUCUGGUUCAGUGGAAAAUAGUUUUACAAAUUUAUUUCGACAAUAUCUAGAGUGCAGGACAAUUAUUAAUCCAGUGAAAAAUGGUUUUACAAAUUUAUUUUCACAAUAUCUAGAGUGCAGGACAUCUAUUUCAGUUAAAAAUAGUUUAAAAUUUUUUUUCGAAAAUAUCUAGAGUGGAGGACAUCAGUUUCAGUGUAAAAUAGCUCUAAAAAUGUACUCAACAAUUAUUGGAAAGUUGAUAGAUCAUACCCAUGAGGAGAGGUGGUAGGAGAAGAAGAAACACCCCUACAAGUUUUUGAACUACAGGAGUUUAUUAUAUUAGAACAGAACACAAAAUUGGUGCGCAUCAGACUAUUGAAUUCUGUAUUUUAAAAACACUGUUUUAUUUGUCAAAUCCAAUUUUAUUAAUCUAAAAAUAAUUAUAGGACUACAGUUUCGUGUUGAAACCAACUCAUCUUUAGCCGUAGCAAUGUAUCUUCUGAAUUUUAUAUAAUGCAUCUUCUUAGUACGGUAAUUAGAUUGAUUGAUUAGAUAAAAGUGAAUUUGUCAACUAAAACAGUGUUUCUCAAUAAUUUUGGGGAAGUUCCAAAACAUCAAUAUCACAUAUUAUAAACACAUUUUAUAAAUGUUGUAUUCAGUUUUAAAGAGUUGAAAUCAAUGGUUGAAUUGAUUUUAGUUUUGUGAUAAGCUCAAUAAUUUUAUGUACGUACAAGGAAAUAAUUGGCCGAUAUACGGUAAAGAUUUUUUUUAAACAAUUAUUCUGUUGAAGUUGCUUUCCAUGACGAAACACUAUAUAAUAAAAAAACAAACACUAUAUAUAAAGUUAAUUAUUUUGUUCUUAUAAAUAAUAUUCCAUCAGUCGUUCAAGUUCCUUUAGUUAUCAUUAGUAGAUUAUUCAGUGCCAUGUUUUAAACGUAAAUAAUUAGCUCUCAAUCCUCUUUCACAAGCUUGAAUUUUAUGUAUUUAGUAAUUUUUCAGAGUAGCCAUUUAUAUUUUCAACUACAACUAUCAUGCAUCUUUUGCCUUAUUGUCUCGAAUUUAACACUUUUAUAUAUUUUAUUCACAAUCAUUACUGGUACCUCCACUUAUUCCUGUUUAGAUUUAUAUUUUUUAUUGAACAACCUUAUUACUUUUUUAAAUGCAAUCAUAUACAAAUUUUCAUUUCAAAUACAAGAAUGAUAUCAAAUUUAUAUUAUUAGCCCUUAUCAACCAAUUUUAUUUAGAUUAUUCAUACUUAUUUAGCUAUCAAAUUUAUGAUUUUUUACAUCUCUAUUGAGAAUAUGAGUAAAUUUCAAUCGGUAAUAAUUAGAUUGUAUCUCUUAACAAAUAUGUAAAGUGUUGGUUUAUAGCUGAGGAUAAAAACGUAGGAAUUUUACUAUCAAUAUUGGUUUUCUUUCAAUUAUUGUGAGUGGACUAUUUCCACAAAUUCUAUAAUCUACAUUCCAUUUAGUGCAAUGAAAUAUUAAUUAUUUGAUUAUUAUAUGAUUAGUUAUUUCUUAUUAUAUUCAAUGUUUAUUCUGCACGUGAUAAGAUGAUGUGUUCUUUUAUUAUUAUAUUUCAUGAUAAAUUUAUAUAUUUAUAGCUAUUGAAUUGAAUGUAUGAAGUAAAUGGAGUUUUGAUAUAAA